UCCAAUUUCUUUAUUAUGACGAAAAAGCAAAGACAUCAUGUAGAUGGUUGCGUCCUCUUUAAUCUUUCGAAAUUUGUUAAGCAGAAGCAAAGACAUCAUGUGAAUGGUUGCGUCUCCCUUAAUCUUUCUAAAUUUGUUAAGCAGAAGCAAAGACAUCAUAUCAAUGGUUGCGUCUCCCUUAAUCUUUCUAAAUUUGUUAAGAAAAAGCAAAGACAUCAUGUGAAUGGUUGCGUCUCCCUUAAUCUUUCUAAAUUUGUUAAGAUGCAGUCAAGAGAAAAAAUUAAUAAAUUCUACCUGCAAGAAAUACUUACAGAUGUUACAAAGAAACUUGUUGAUUUUUUUAUCCAAGAAUGGAACACUCAUUACAAAAAAUCUCUUGGAGAAUGGGAAAAUACAAACGUUAGUGGUCAGAAGAUGUUCAAUGUUGAAAUUUCAAAAGACCUCCUGAAAACAUAUUUUGUCAAAAUUUCAAAAUGGUGACACCAGUAAGUGGGAUUGUACGACGCUAUUUGCAGCAAUAUUGUAUUCCAAAUCAAUUGGAACAAAAUUAAUCCAAAAGUUAGAGAUGCUGUGAAUGAAAUUCGUUUAGUAAGAAACAAAAUCGCUCAUAAUGAAGAUGGAAAAGUAUCUGAUACCGAAUUUGACAAAAUGCUUUGUGAUAUUGAAAAGUCAUUUCAAGAUCUAGGA